ACGUCUGCAUCUGCGUCUGCAUCGCCGACACCUGCAGUAGCCGUCACCGCGACUGCUGGCGAUUGGCAGGCUGUGUGGUCGCCUACCCACAACGCUUACUACUUCUUCAACGCCAAGACACAGGAGACGACAUGGAACAAUCCCCUGCAGCUUGCGGAUGCAUCUCAGCCCGUCGCUGGUCCCUCCACUGAACCCGGCCGUUCCUCCAUGUCUCCCGAACCCCCCGCAUCCGCUGCGUCGAUGUAUGCUCUGCAAGCAGCUGCGGCUGCACAGGGUAUCGAUCCGGCGCUCGCGCACCUCGACCCCAGCCUUGCAGGACCAUCCACACCGGGCGCUUUCACAUACACUGCCAAGUUCAACGCGCGUACAGGUGCGUUCGCACGCGCCGACGCACGCGACCCGAGCCACCUCUCUGAGUACGAGCGCGCGAAGCGCAUGAGCGAGUUCUACUUCGACGUCAAUGCCUGGGAACACGAGGUCGAGGCACGCAAGCUCGAGGAGGCGCAAGAAGAGGAGAGUAAGAAGCGCAAACGGCCGACGAAGAAGGAUCUGGAACGGUUUAAGGAGCAGAAAAGGCUCAAGAAGAUUGCAAAGACAGCGUGGCUGCGUACAUAA